AUGCCCUCGAAACGCAAGCUUGACAACUUCGACCCGAACAAAUCAGACUCUAACGAUACCGAUUUUGAUCCCUCAAGCGCUGCGCCGCGCCGGUCAGCUAAGAGGUCUCGCACACAGAAGAGGACUUCCGGCGGCCCGCGAAAACGCCAACGAUACAAGGGUUCUGAUCUCUCAGACGACGACCUCGCUGAUGACAGCUUCGACGACCUGUCUAUUGACGAUCCUGAGGAGGACGAAGACGUCGAAAUGAACGAGAAAACCGGAAGAGCUGUGCGCAAGGCCACUAAGAAGUCGGUCAAUUACGAGGAGAAUACUGAUUCUGAUGCGGACAUCGUGGAUGAUGACAUGCAAAGCGAAUCCGACGAUGACAAGCCGAAGAACAAAUCCCCGAGAAAGCGAUCCCGGCCGGUAUUAGACGACGAGGACGAAGACGAAGAUGAAGAUGCGGAAGAGGAGGUGCCCUUGAACCAGAAACCAACGAAAAUCAUCAAGCUGAAAAUUAAUGCUCCGCAACCGCUUCGCGCAACUCGAGCCGGUAGUGCAGCUCGCACGCGGAGAAGCGGGAGCACUGUAGAGCCUACAUCUGCUGGCUUCCUUACGAGAAGAACCACACGCGCAACUUCCGAAGCUGGUGAAGAGCCAAUUGCGCUUUCUGAUUCAGGUCGACAUAUACUCCGGCCGGGUCAGAGUCCGGAACCUAUACCUGGACGACGAACCCGAGGAACCAAAGGAGUCAAGCAACCCGCUUCUACAAUAAAGGAAGAACUGCACGAAUCUAGCUCACACGAGCAACAGGACACUGUCAUGACCACCGAGAUCGCAGGAACUGAUGGGCAGGAGGAGGCCGAGGCAACCACUGAAGACCCAGCGGCCGCAGUGGAAGAUGUAGAAGGCGCUGAUGACGAAGCCGAUGACCCUGCAGAUGCCGAGGAAGGCGGAGAGCAGCAAGCUGCGGACGAUGAGGAUGACGACGAUGAUGUCCCCAUAACGCGAAACAAUAGAGCGUCAAGGGCAAACCUUGUCGUCUCUGACCUAGCUCCUGAGGAGGAGGAAGAUACUGCCGCUGAGCUAGCCGUAGGUGGAUCUCGAAGACUAACUCGCGGAUCGAAAAAUACACAAAAGAAGCAAAAGUCGGCUGCAGAUGCGAGUAGUGAUUUCGAACCCGCCGAAGAUCCUUCGGAAGACGAACUUUCUGCGUCUGGUGGCUCGGAGAAGAACAAGGACCGAGAUGCCGGGUAUGAAUCAAGCCCUGUCCGAAGAGGAAGGCGAGCGGAUCAAGCCAAGUCGAAGAGCACCUCUAGAAGACGGAGCCCGGGAUCUGAGCUUGAACUUGACGAAAAUGAACUUGCCGAAGAGUUACAAGAUCUGAAAGCCGGAUCUCGAAGACGCAGACCUCGCGCGACCUCGCAAAUUGUAUACGAAAGAUCCGCCACCCGUGCGAGGAAACCUGUCGAUUAUAGCAUCAAGCCUAUGGAUCAAAUUUACGCUAUGGAUGAAGACGGAGAAGACGCCGCUCCUACCCCUACUCGAAGAGGAAGGGGAGGACGAAAUGGCGCCAGCCAAGCUUGGGAGCGGAAUCUGUAUACCACCUUUGGACCCUUUGGUGGUGGUGGUGGCCCUGCCCCAGCUAUUGGUGGCCCUUGGGGAACCGGAGCAGCUGGCGGUGCCGAUUCUGACAGUAGUGAUGACGAGACAAUGCAGCGACCCACGGGCGUUGGUGGAAAUGUUGGAAUGACACCAACCUCCGCCAUGCCAGGGGGACUCCUUCCAGGUAUUGGCCAAACAAACCCAGAAACCGCCGCAGCAUUAUCUGGAACCCCGGCCAACCUUGGAAAAGUCAAGAGCCAGAAGGCACUGGCUGACGCUGAUCCUUUGGGUGUUGAUCAAAAUGUUGACUUCAGCAAAGUUGGUGGAUUGGAAGGCCAUAUUGAUCAACUGAAAGAAAUGGUUCAGAUGCCACUAUUGUAUCCCGAAUUAUUCACGAAAUUCCAUGUAACUCCGCCUCGUGGCGUGUUGUUUCACGGCCCUCCUGGAACUGGUAAGACUCUUCUGGCAAGAGCUCUUGCCGCUACGGUGGGAUCUGGAGGCCGGAAGAUCACCUUUUACAUGCGCAAAGGUGCUGAUGCGUUGAGCAAGUGGGUUGGUGAGGCAGAAAGGCAGCUUCGGUUAUUGUUUGAGGAAGCAAGAAAGACCCAGCCAAGUAUCAUCUUCUUCGAUGAAAUCGAUGGUCUAGCGCCCGUUCGAUCAAGCAAACAAGAGCAAAUCCACGCAUCCAUUGUAUCAACCUUGCUCGCGUUAAUGGAUGGAAUGGAUGGUCGAGGUCAGGUCAUUGUUAUAGGUGCUACCAACAGACCAGACAACAUAGAUCCAGCCCUGCGGCGACCAGGCCGUUUUGAUCGAGAGUUUUACUUUCCCCUUCCAGACUUAGACGCUCGCAAGUCUAUUAUCAACAUCCACACAACGGACUGGGGAAUUGAUGAUUCGUUCAAAUCCUCACUCGCUCACGUCACCAAAGGUUAUGGAGGCGCCGAUCUUCGAGCUCUUUGCACCGAGGCAGCCUUGAACGCAAUCCAGCGCACCUAUCCUCAAAUCUACUCAUGCAAUGAUAAGCUUAUAGUAGAUCCUGAUAAAAUCAAGAUCACUGCCAAGGAUUUCAUGCUCUCCGUCAAGAAGAUGAUUCCUUCCUCCGAGCGUGCAACGUCAUCAGGCGCAGCACCGCUUCCAAAGCUCAUCGAGCCUCUUUUGCGCGAUCAGCUCAAGCGGGUUGAAACUGUCUUAGAUGGAUUGAUUCCUCAAAGGAAGAAGAUCACUGCACUCCAAGAAGCUAUGUACGAGCAGUUUGACGAUGCUGAUCAGGGUUUCGGACGGGAAACGAUGCAACAGGAAUUCGAGAAGUCCCGAGUAUUCCGCCCCCGUCUAUUAAUUGGCGGUGAAUCUGGAAUGGGACAGGCAUAUCUUGGUUCGGCCAUUUUAAAUCACUUCGAGGGUCUCCAUGUGCAGAGCUUUGAUCUUCCCACAAUUUUCAGUGACUCCGCUAGGUCUCCUGAAGCCGCGAUCGUGCAGCUGUUUGCUGAAGUAAAGCGGCACAAACCGAGCGUCAUCUUUAUACCUGGUAUUGAUACCUGGUAUCAUACUCUCACUGAAGCACAGAUCACCACUUUCCUUGGAAUGCUCAGGGCAAUCCCUCCAACUGAUCCUGUUCUUGUGUUGGGAAUUACGGACUCUGUUCCAGAGAAAGCUAGUCCGGACAUGCUUCGAGAUUUGUUCGGAUUUUCAAAGAAGAAUCGUAUAACUAUUGAUCGCCCUACCAAGCGCAAUCGGGAGGAAUUCUUUGCUACAAUCAUCGAUUAUGUUCAAAAGACUCCGAAGGACUUCCCAGAGCCCCUGAACCGCAAGAAGCGGAAGCUUGAAGUUUUGGAGAUCGCACCGCCACCGCCACCGCGCACACUUACGAAGGAAGAAAUCAAGGCGCAAAAGAAGAGAGACCAUCAGUUGCUGAACCUUCUCAAAGUUCAGAUUCAGCCAAUCAUGGACCAGAUUCAUAGGAAGUAUAAGAAGUUCCGGGCUCCAGUCAUUCCAUCGACCCAAAUUCAAUAUCUCCUAGAUGAGCUCGACCCGAACUUUGUGCGUCCAGAUAUCCCCCAAUUCAGACCAUUUGAAUUGGACACCGAUAAAGAUGGUGUCAAGGGGUUGCGCGAGACAGCAAGUGGGAAAUUCUUCUACAAUCUUGAAACAACUACGAUCGAGGAGAGGUUGUCCAACGGUUUCUAUGCUCGACCAAAAGACUUCCUUGCUGAUAUCAGAUCUCUUGCUAAGGAUGCGAAACGCAUAGGCGAUAAGGAGAGAACUCUGAGAGCAAACGAGCUUCUGGCAAAUGUUGAGGUUGAUAUCGCCGCCAUUGAGGCGCAGCCGGUCUUCGCUGACUGUGAGAAUGUGUAUCAAAGACAAUUGCAAAGAGCGAAAGAGAAAGAAGAAAAGUAUAGAAAUCGUGCAGCGGCGACUGCUGGAUUUGAUGACGUUGGAAACCCUGGCAAUCCGGCGGCAAGCACACUCAACACUCAAUUCCAAUCUGGCCCGCUUACCUUAGGCGAGCCCAUACCUGGAAAACGGCCCGCACUUUUUCCGACGACCCUUAAUGUCAGUAGUCUAUCGAACGGGCACUCUGAGCAUGCUACAAAUGGUACAACUAUACCCUCUCGAAGUGAUGAUGUUCAGAUGGGCGGCACGGAUGAGCCCUCCCAGCAGGCUUCACAGAAUUCGCAUAGCAUGCAGCCCCCUAGCCAGCUUCGGAGCGUGGCCGGCGGCCCAUUCUCAAAUCCGAAUCCAACGUCUCAGAUAUCCCAACGAUCUGCCUUCCAAGAGAUUCCCCAUGAUGCCUCCCCCAGCGCAAUGAUCAACGAUGCUUCCACGACGACUUCUGGCAAGAAGACAUCCGAAGGUUGGAGCACCCAGGCGACAAACGGGAUCAGCCAUGGGAACUCCUCAAGUCCAGUGGACAGCGCAAAGCAAGACUCGCAGCUACCAGAUACGCAGCAAAAUCCAUCUCAGAGGCCCAGCCAGCAAGGUGCAUCCGAUCCCAGUACUGACGAUCAAUGGCCACAUUCUCAGGCUCACGGUCUAGCCCGUGGCAAUAUCCAAGGCUACCAGUCGCAAACUCAAACCCCCAGCUCCGGCAGCCAAUUCUCUCAGAAUCCCACCGUUACUUCCGGUAACGCGGCCUCCCGCCCUUCAAUGUCCAAGCCAUCAGGGAUUGCCAGCAUUAUCAAUAACUCGUCUCUUGAGCCCACCUCGUCUCAACUGUCUUCUCAGAAAGAAUUCAUCAUCGAGGCAUAUUUCCUAGACGAUUUAGAGAGAAGACUGGUAGAAGGCAGCAGCGGGUGCUCUAUCGAGCAGCUAGAACAGAUCAACCGGGAGUUGAUGGAGACUCUCUGGAGACAGCGCGGAGAGUGGAAUCGCAAUAAGGUCGCGGCAGAACUUGUCAGUGUGUUCAAUGCGACGAUUAGCGAUAUCGAGGACAUGCAGAGGGUCUUGCAGGCUAGUCAGCCGAGCCAGAUAACUGGAUGA